GUCUCGGCGCGCGGCUGCGCGGCCUGGGCCGACAAUGAAUGGCUGCCGGGACUCGUGAGCGGCAGAGGCCGAGGCCGGCGCCGCCGCUCCCCCCCCGCACAGCUGCUGCCCCACCACCACUACCCCCUGACCCCCGCCCAGGCCCCCGGCACCGACGAUGGCCCAGACGCUGCAGAUGGAGAUCCCCAACUUCGGGAACAGCAUCCUGGAGUGCCUGAAUGAGCAGCGCCUGCAGGGCCUUUACUGCGAUGUGUCAGUGGUGGUGAAAGGCCAUGCCUUCAAGGCUCACCGCGCUGUCCUGGCUGCCAGCAGCUCCUACUUCCGGGACCUUUUCAACAGCAGCAAGAGUGCCGUAGUGGAGCUGCCAGCCGCCGUCCAGCCCCAGUCCUUCCAGCAGAUCCUCAGCUUCUGCUACACAGGCCGCCUCAGCAUGAAUGUAGGUGACCAGUUCCUGCUCAUGUACACAGCUGGCUUCCUCCAGAUCCAGGAGAUCAUGGAGAAGGGGACUGAGUUCUUCCUCAAGGUCAGCUCACCCAGCUGCGACUCCCAGGGCUUGCACCCUGAAGAGGCGCCCUCCUCAGAGCCCCAGAGCCCCGUGGCCCAGAAUUCGGCCUGGCCUUCCUGCAGCACCCCCCUGCCCCUGGUAUCCCGGGUCAAGACGGAGCAGCAGGAUUCCGACUCGGUGCAGUGCACCUUCGUGGUUAAGCGGCUGUGGGACAGCGGCCAGAAGGAGGGCAGCGGCGGCGGUGGAGGAGGAGGAGGAGGAGGGGGCAAUGGCAGUCGCAAAAUGGCCAAAUUCUCAGCACCGGACACGGGCAGCGGGCGCCAGCCCCCAGCUCAGGCUCAGCCCCAGCCUCAGCCCCAGGCUCCAGCUCCGGGGGCUCCCGUGGGUGCUGGGCCCAGCGCAGCGGCUGACCAGACCAGCCCCGGCACAUCAAGCGCCUACACGAGUGACAGCCCUGGCUCCUUCCACAAUGAGGAGGAUGAGGAGGAGGAUGGUGCCGAGGAAGGCUCUGAUGAGCAGUACCGCCAAAUCUGCAAUAUGUACACCAUGUACAGCAUGAUGAACGUGGGCCAGGCAGCGGCGGAGAAGGUGGAGGCGCUGCCUGACCAAGUGGCCUCAGAAUCACGGAACCGGAUGCGGGUACGGCAGGACCUGGCGUCGCUGCCGGCUGAGCUCAUCAACCAGAUUGGUAACCGCUGCCACCCCAAGCUCUACGAUGAGGGGGACCCAGCCGAGAAGCUGGAGCUUGUCACUGGCACGAACGUCUACAUUACGCGGGCGCAGCUGAUGAACUGUCACGUCAGUGCCGGGACGCGGCACAAAGUGCUUCUCAGGCGACUGCUUGCAUCCUUCUUCGACCGGAACACACUGGCUAACAGCUGUGGAACUGGCAUCCGCUCCUCCACCAAUGACCCCAGCCGGAAGCCACUGGACAGCCGGGUCCUGCACGCUGUGAAGUUUUACUGCCAGAACUUCGCACCCAACUUCAAGGAAAGUGAGAUGAAUGCCAUCGCAGCCGACAUGUGCACCAAUGCCCGGCGUGUUGUGCGCAAGAGCUGGAUCCCCAAGCUCAAGCUGCUCAUGGCCGAGGGUGACACCUACACCACCUUCAUCAAUGACACGGGCAAGAUGGAACCCGACAUUGUGGGCAUGGAGCACAGCUUUGAGGGCGCUGGCCAUGAGGCUGACCCUGCAGGGCCCUCUGCCGAGGGGCUGCCCUAGCCCUGCCCCUGGCCUUGGCCCUUCCCCUUUAACCUUUUCCGUUCACCCCUUCUGAAUUUAAUUUCUUAGGCCCCUCUCCCUUUCAGAUCUUGACUUUAAUUCUCCCCCUUCCCUGGUUUGCCCCAUGUGGGGUGGCAGGGUGGGAAGGGGGCUGCUGUGGGGGUGUGGAAAAGUGUGCCGUCUCUUUAAAAAGUAGCAUCCUGUUGGGGGGGGGGGUUGUUCUGGUGCAUUGUGAAGGAUGGGGGGGCAUCCCCUCUUCUGUCUUAGGAGUUGACUCCCCUCUUGCCCCUUCCCCUGGGUUCUAGUCUGUGUGAAGCUGGAGAAGCGGGUGCUGCCCUGUAUCAGCGGCAUGGAAACGCCCCCCCAUGAGUCCCUUAACACUACACUCCAGGUGCCAGGCUGCCCCUGGGUGGUGGGGGGCAACAUCCCAGCUACUCUGGGGUGGAGGUUAACCCACCCUGGCUGCCCCUGUGAGGGGGCAGAACUUGCCCUGCCCCCCACUUGGGCUUAUACAUGGGGUCUUCCCCCCACCCCCUGCAGAAGCUGUUCCCUCCCACCCAUGGCUCCUCUCCCCAGCUGACACUGCAACACUAACUCACCCCAUAUGGCUAGGGGAGGUGGGAGUUGGGGUGGAAGAUGUCCUGAUGCCUGGGGGAAAUCCAGUGCUGAGUGCGAAGGGCUGUGGGGGCAUUAGGGGAGCAUGGGCCCCCCGUGUUGGGGGGGUGGGUGGGGAUAUGAUUUAAUGGGAGGAGGAGGGCAGCAACUUGCUAGGUCUUGACUCAUCUCCAUGUUAUAUCCUGGCCUGGGAGCCCAGACUCCUGGGUUCUCCUGGCCCUGGGAAGGGUAUGUGAUUCAAGCUGAUGGGGAAGCCUAGGACCCUGGACUCCUGGGUUCUAUUUCCAGCUCUGAGAGUGAGUGUGCAGCCUAGUGGUUAGUGGUGCAGGGUGGUAAAAGAUCUCCCACUGCCCCCUGCCUGCUGCCUCCCCUUCUCCCUGUGCACCCUCCUCCAGGGAAGCUGUUGUGUUUUUCUUGUGGCUAUUCUGAUGUUGGGUGUUGUCAAGCAUGGGGCAGGCAGGGUAUUGUUCUUCCCCUCAGGCAUGGUGUCCGUCGCCCAUUCCCCUCUUCCCCCCCCCAGGCAAGGAGCCUGCAGAUUUGGGACUGAAAUGGAGAGGUAAAGGCCCAACCUCCCUGCCCCCCACAGAGCUCUGGGACUGAGAGCCUGGACUCCUGGGUUCUCCUAGCUGCUGGAUGUGAAUGUGGUUCAAGCUGAUUUGGGAGGGGGGGUAGCUGGGAGCCUGGACACUUGGGUUUUCCUCCCAGCCCAGGGAGAGAGCCUAGUUCAAGCUGGCAGGGAGAGCUGUGAGCCAGGACACCUGGGUUCUGUUCCCAUCUCUGACAGCAAAGGCAGGAGCAGGAAAGACCUCUUGGUAGGAGGAUUGGGGCUUUUUUUUUUUUUCAACUGUUUUGGGGUUUUUAAUUCACUUUUGCCUGAUUCUGUUGUUUUUCUUUCAAGCAAAGAUGCUGGCGAGGGAGGGGGAGCCCAGCUUUGAAGAGGGCCUGAGAUGGGAUCCAGCUUCCUGCUGGCCCCCAUGGUGAUCAGUGCAGGAUGGGGGCAUUGGGUUCCCCCCUACUGGCUGCCCAGGAAGGUGGGGGUCAGAGGGGUUGAGACAGGUGCAGGGGAGGGGUCUGAGUUCAAAUCCCACCUCCACUGGGAAUUGUAUCUGCCAAAGGAAAUUGCAUCUUCCGCCCCACGCUCUAAUUUCCUAUCCCUCCUCUGCAAAGUGGGGACAGAACCCAGGUUCCCAGCCCCCCCUGCUCUACUACCCCAGCUCCUACUCUUUACAAUUCUUUAGAGUACAGCCAGCUUUCCUGGGCUUAUUUAGUCUGGAGAAGAGUAGACUGAGGGGGAUUUAACAGGAGCCUUCAACUACUUGAAGGGUAGAGUAUGGAGCUGGACUGUUCUCAGUGAUGAUAGAUGACAGAACAAGGAGCAAUGGUCCCAAGUUGCAGCAAGGGAAGUUUAGGUUGGAUAUUAGGAAAGCUCUCUCAUGAGGAGGGUAGUAAAGCACUGGGAAAGGUUACCUGGAGAGGUGGUAGGGUCUCCAUCCUUGGAGGUUUUUAAGACCCAGCUACACAAAGCCUUGGCUGGGAUGAUCUAGUUGGGGAUGGUCCUGCUUUGAGCAGGGGGUUGGACUAGAUGACCUCCUGAGGUCCCUUCCAACCCUCAUUUUCUAUGAUACUUCCCUUCCAGGGCAGGGAUUGAACCCAGGUGUCCAGGCUUUCAGUCUUCCCUUCUCUGCUUCCCACUCAGCCCCCAAUCCUCUCCCAGCACUAGGCAGAGAACCCAAGGUGUCCAUGCUCCCUUGGGCCUUCCCUGCACCCAGGUCUCCUGACUUUUGGUCAAGUGCCUUACCCGCUCUGUGGGAGCUGCCCUUGAUAGUGGCUGCUGCAAAUUGCUGCCUGGGGGGCAGGGAACAAGGGAAUGACCCCUGGCAUGGGGCUAGGGGGUGACACUAGCUGGCCUUGGGGGGAGGAGUUGGGGCGGGGAGGUGCUGAGGCAGCAUCUGCCCUGGUUCUAGACUUGGAGGGAUUUCACAGGGCAGGACCUGCCUGCUCAGGAGCGCCCCAGUUAACUGUCCUGGAGUGAUGCCGUAUUGGAGGAGGCAGGGCUCUGGCCUGAAAGAGGUGGGGCUGUGGCUUGGGGGCGGGGCUCCAGAUUAGCAUCACAGCAGACUCCAGCCCACCUGCCCCCCCCUUCCUCCCAGCUCUAUAGUUGGGCACAGGGAUAGGGGCCUGAUGCCACAUCUUGGAGACUGCCCAGCUCCCCCUACCUUAAUGGGGCACAGGGUGCUAUACCCCUUCCCACACCCCAGCUCCCCCCCCCCAAUUAUUUUUUGGGGGAUUUAUUUCCCCUAUAAAAAGGAGGAGAAAAAAUGUAUUGCCCCCUCACCCCACCCCAGGGUUCCCCUCCAGAGCCACCAACUCAGCAUGGACUUCACCAGGUGCUUUCAAAUGCUGCAAUUUGCUUCUAUACUCUCCAGCCUAGGCUGAGAUACCUCCAGAGAGGACCCCCCCCACCGUGGCUGCAAGCACCCCCCGCUGCCCUCCACCCCAUUCACGCCAGUAUUUGUUCUGUGUUAUAAGUGCCAAGAAGAAUUUCGUGACCCUUCAGCCCCUUCCUAGCCCCCCCCCCCCCCCCCAUGCCCUGGAGAGAGAGAGAGAGAAAAUGACAAAAUAAAAAAAAACAACAACCCCCCCCCCCCUGAGAAUAAAAUUGCACAUGAACUACUGUAAAGAGGAAAGAGGAAUUGAGAAAUGUUAAUAAAACACAGAGGUUUGUAACAAAA